CACUUCACGUCAGUCUAUCGCGAACGAUGUGCCGGGCGGUCGUGUCGCUUUUCCCGCCCGUUCACACUCAAAACUUCGAAGUCCUUUUACGAAAUUAUGUAAAGUUUCAAAACACUUUUUCGCAUACAACAGUAUAGGUAUCUUUAGUGUGUAAACAACUUGUACAGUUUUAUAUAAGUAGUUUAAGGUUAUUGAAACUUAAUAGGCUUACUCGUUUUACCUGCAUGCCUUAGCCCACGAGUUGUGCAAAGCGGUUACUUAUAUUGGAUAAACGAACAUUUUUCAAAUGGAUGUGCAUAUGUUUUCUGUGAUUAUGUGUAAAUACAGAACAAGGUAUACGUGAUUCAGUGAGUUGAGUACAAGUGAGGUGUUUAUUAAUUGUAAAUUGCAAGAAACAAAGUUGUUAAAAUGCUAAUGUGCCGAGUAAGAAGAUGCGUCGCUCUUUUCGUUGGGUUGUUCGCGGUGGCGUCGUCUCAAUACACAAAAGUCAGAGAACAUCCAACACACCACAUCACAAGGUUACGACAUUCAAGGCAUCUUGACGGAUAUUUGCCUUUGCACCCUUCAGCAUAUGUCUCAUCUACAUCCCUGAAGCUCGCAGUGAAAGACAACCACAAGCCCUUGUUUACGGAUUGUAUGAACUACAGACCUACAUUGAAGGAGGAACAACCAGUUGGAACCUAUGUAUUCACGGUUCACGCAGACGACAGAGACCCACCUGAUAUGGGCGGCACAGUUACUUACAAAUUCGUUUCGACACCUGGAGAGAAGGAAAGGUUCCACGUAGAUCCUGAUAGUGGGAGAAUCACAACAGCAGAUAUUUUCGACCACGAUGAACCAUCACGGGAGAAAGAAGCCUAUAUAACAGUACGUGCCAGCGAUAACGGACAACCCCAGUUGGAUGACGCAUGUACAAUAAAGAUACUCAUUGAAGAUAUCAAUGACAACCAACCGGUCUUUGAUAAAGUUUCUUAUUCGGAGUCCGUGCCACAAGACUUGGCGAGUGGUCGAGAGGUGAUGAGAAUAUCAGCAACUGAUAUCGAUGAUGGGAAUAACUCCAUCGUUCACUACAGCUUGGAUUCAAAUUCACCAGACCAAUCCUAUUUCUACAUCGAUCCUGACAAUGGUGUUAUAUUCUUGAACAAAACAAUAGAUAAACCACCUGGAUAUAAAUUCAAGCUCAGCGCUAUAGUCAAGGACAUGGGCGAAGAUCCCCAGCAAAGCUCAAUUACAUUGGACAUUCAAGUCGUCGAGUCGAACAAGAAAAGCCCGUCAUUCAUAGAAGUUCCUGACGGGCCGAUAAGAUUAAAAGAAAAUUACGCAGACUUCAACACUCCUAUAGCCACCGUCAGAGCUGUAUCAAACAUUCCUGAGGAGAAGAAGCUCCAGUUUGAAUUAGUGCAAGGCCAGACGGAACAAACCAACAAGUGGCACACGUUCGUGCUAGAGCCGGAAGCUGACACCGCGUAUAUCAAGCUUGGUAAUCACUUGGAUUUCGAGAAAAUUACUGACUACACGCUCACUGUUCGAAUACAGAACAACUACAAAUUAGCCGCUGAGACAAUCAUCCAAAUAGAAGUUGAAGACGUCAAUGACAAUAUUCCUAUAUUCAGCGAAAUUAGAUCAGGGACUGUUCUAGAAAACGAACCUCCCGGUACACAAGUAAUGCAAGUGCGAGCUUUCGACGCAGACGGCACUUCAGCUAACAACCAAGUCACAUACGAACUAGGUGAUCCUUCAGACCCGUUCGCAGUCGAUAGCAUUACAGGAAACAUAACUACGCUGAAAAUGUUCGAUAGAGAAGAGAGAAGUUUCUACAAUAUUAAGAUAAUUGCAACAGAUAAUUCAGUAUCAGCUCUUAUUCCUGGUAAACAUAAUGCCGGACAGCAAGUAUUCCUUAUAGAGAUUGCUGACAAAAACGACAAUCCGCCACACUUUACACAAGACACGUAUGUCGCAGAAUCUAUCGCUGAGAAUGCUAACAUUAAUGAACUGGUCACGCAAGUGACUGCUUUAGAUAUCGACACAGCUUCGGUUGUAACAUACAGUAUUGUAGCUGGCAAUACAUAUGAUGCAUUCGUGAUUCGUAAUUUCACUGGUGAAAUUCGAGUUAACAAUGAACUGGAUUAUGAGAAUAUAACAAGCUAUAGUCUAGAUGUUAGAGCUUUCGACGGACUUUACGAGGACUACGCAAAGGUGUUGAUAAAGAUUGAGAAUUUGAAUGACAAUCCGCCUGUAUUUUUGGCUAACUAUACUAAAACCAUUGAAGAGGAGAAGUUGUACGAAGGAUGCAUUGUUAAGGUUGAAGCAUACGACCCAGAUUUGGACAGGAAUGAGCCGCAAAACAUCGUCUACUCCCUCGUAAAGCAUGAGCAGAAAGAAUUCCUGUCUAUAGAUAAUGAUGGGUGCCUUCGGUUGACAAAGCCCUUAGACCGUGACCAGCCCAGUGGGUUCGCACGCUGGCAGAUUCUCAUCAUGGCUGCAGACCACGGCGGCAGACUUGGUUCGGAUAGCUUAAGGUCAACCACUGAAGUUAUUCUGGAGCUUACGGAUAUCAAUGAUAACGCUCCUUUCCUAACCAAUACUCAACCUGUAAUCUGGUACGAGAAUGAGCCACCCGGACAAGUGGCAGUCCUCACCGCCAAGGACUACGACUCACCAGAAAACGGACCACCGUUCACAUUUGCUAUCAAUGAUUCUGCGUCUUUUGAUAUACGAUCCAAAUUCCAUAUACAAGGCAACGUUCUAUCGACGCUGGUAUCGUUUGACCGUGAGGUACGUAAGGAGUACCUUGUGCCUGUAGCGAUUACGGAUUCCGGAACUCCUCGCCUCACCGGAGUAUCAACUCUUCGUGUUCUCAUCGGAGACAGAAAUGACAAUCCUAUGGCACCGGGAGACAGCAGUAUUUUCGUCUAUAAUUAUAAGGGUGAAGCUCCAGAUACAGAAAUCGGCAGAGUAUUUGUCAACGACCCGGAUGACUGGGACCUUCCAGACAAGAGGUUUAUGUGGCUGCCGUCGUAUGAACUCAGAAGCCCAUAUUUCGACGUGCACAGCAACACUGGCAUGAUAACAAUGAAAGAGGGAACGCCUAAUGGAACCUAUAUGCUGCGUUUUAAUGUUACAGAAGAACAUGAACCCAUAGUACCAUUCCACUGGGUAGAAGCAACAGUCAGCGUCACAGUCAAGGAGAUCCCUGAAGAAGCCGUCGACAAAUCUGGUUCGAUCCGGUUCAUCAACAUAACAGCUGAAGAAUUUAUAAUUCCCGAAUCAGACGGCACGAGUAAAAAGGAGAAACUACACCAACGACUUGCGGAACUAUACAACAAAUCUAUGGACAACGUGGAUGUGUUCACGGUGUUCAACAAACAGACAGUCAAGGACUCCUUCCUGGACGUGCGGUUCUCAGCACAUGGCUCGCCAUACUUCGAGCCCGAGAAACUGGACAGUAUGGUCAUUGGUAUACAAGAGAAGAUUGAAGAAGAACUCCAAGCCAAGAUUUACAUGGUCCGGAUCGACGAGUGCCUUAUAGAAAAGGAGCAAUGCGAGGAGUCCUGUCGCAAUGUGUUGAUGAAAAACAACGUGCCUCUCUCCGUUUUCACCAACACCACAAGCUUUGUUGGUGUGUCCGCUAGGGUUGAGUCCGAGUGUACCUGCGAUAUUGAGGAACCACUUAUAUGUUUGAAUGGAGGUACCCCAUUCGCUGAUAAAUGCGAGUGUCCGGAUGGCUGGAAUGGACCACGUUGUGAACAAACAUCACUUGGUUUCCACGGGUCUGGCUGGGCCAUGUUCCCUCCUCCUGCCUCCUGCCACGAGGGACGCUUGACUCUCACAAUCACAGCUCACUCACCUCACUGCCUCGUCUUCUAUCUAGGACCACUGAAGUUUAAUCCACUGCUUGACGUCCAAGACUUCAUGUCUUUGGAGUUGGUCGAGGGCUUCCCGGUACUGCUGGUCAACUACGGUUCCGGAACAACGCGGCUGAACAACAGCGUGGUGCAUGUUGCGGACGGAAAGCCGCAUCUCAUUGAGAUCGUCCUUAUGAGGAGCUCUAUAGAAAUGUUCGUGGAUAGAUGUCAACUGUCCACGUGCAUGAGUCUUGGAGCGCCGACAGGACCUAGAGAAAUAUUAAACGUCAACGCACCGCUGCAGCUAGGUGGCGCUAGUAUCGACCUCCAGAAUCUCGCACAGUCGUUCGGGUGGCGACAUGUUCCAACCAAUCAACACUUCGUUGGAUGUAUUAGCAAUUUCACCUACAACGAUUAUAUGUACAAUUUGGGAUCGCCAUCUGUGGAGCACAAUGUAGACCCAGGAUGUCAAAGAAGUGUGUUCACAGCUAUCACGUUUGGAAUCGAUACCAACUUCCUAGUAGCCAUACUUGUUUGCAUCGCUAUAUUAGUCAUUCUACUACUAGCCGUGGUAGUCCACCGAAAGCGUGCCGACUCGUGGGCAGAGAAAGAGUUGGAUGACAUCAGGGAAAAUAUAAUAGCGUACGAGGACGAAGGAGGUGGCGAAUCAGAUGCGGGGUAUGACCUGCAUGUGCUGCGGCAGAUGUACGACGCACCGCCCAACGAAGCAGACGGUGCCUUCAUGAAAGCACCUGGUUUAGUAGGAGCAGCGCCAGAUAUAUCCGGUUUCCUGGACGACAAGAAGUCGGUUCUGGAUCGCGACCCAGAGAUAACGCCUUACGACGAUGUGCGACACUACGCCUACGAAGGAGACGGCAACACUAGCGGCUCUCUCUCUUCACUAGCCAGCUGUACUGACGAUGAAGACUUAAAAUUCAACUAUCUGUCAACAUUUGGGCCUCGAUUCCGUAAACUAGCGGACAUGUACGGCGAUUCCGACGACGACCGACCGCCGCACGAGGAGUCCUGGUGCUAGCACCACGCAUGGCUUGUGUAGCCAUCCUAUAACCAGUCUUAUGUGACUUUUGUGUAAGGGCCAAAAUGCCCCGAACUCUUGGUAACAAAUCAAGCAUGCCUUACGCUAAUUUUACUUUCGAUGCCGGUUCGUGUGAGUGUGACCCCACCGGAAUAUUUGACUUUGGCCUGUGAUAUUACGUUAUUUUAGUAUCACUUGCUUUAUCGGUCCGUGGUGUUUUAGUUAAAUUGUAAUGUUCUAGCUUAUGUAAAGGUGCGCUUAGACGGAACGAGUAGAUAUUUUCACGAAGGUAUCUCGCGUUUAUGCUCACCUUAAAUUGUUUUAACAAAUACAGUUUGCUUGCUACACGCUGUUAUACUUAAACAAAUUUGUGAUUUUGAUACAUAAAUUUUUUUAUCAGUGAAAUGUAAAAUAAAAGCACUUUUAUGUUUUUGUUGUUGUAAAAAAACAAAGGUAUUAUGAUUUUUUAAUUAUUUUGUUUUUCAAUUAUGUUCCAAUUUGUGUUACAUUGUAUUUAGUGCUAAGAAUGUGUCAAUUAAGCAAUAGGAGUCGAAUGAAAUAAUUAUGAGAAGAAGAUAGUGUCAUCUAAAAAAGCUCAUACAAUUAUGCGUAAAAUGACGAUAUUACAUUUGUGUUCACAAACAAAUAAAAUAUUUAGAUACAUGAAGAAAAACAAAGAAAUGAAAAAACCUGAUCUUUCUUUUUAAGAGAUAUUUUUAAUUUUAGAGUAUAAUAAUUUUUUACUUGUUAAAUUACUUUAUACAGUAAUAACUUUACAUAUAAUAAUUGAAAGUGUGUUAGCAAAUUAUCAGUCAUAUAUCUGGACGUGUAAGAAUUCUUAGUGAAUUAGUAUAUUUGUGGUAAAUAUGGACAUAUUAAUGUUUACAAAAAUGACUGAUUUGUAUCGUUAUUUAGGCAUCGUUGUAGAAACGCCUAAAUUAUAUGUAAUUUUAUAGCGAAAACUUAAGGAACAAUACUUACAAUAUUUUUUUAAAUAAGAUCCUACUAUGUUGUACCUUCGAAAUUCUUGUAUUAUAAAAUAUUUAGGUAAUAUAGUUGUUAAUGUUUAGCAACAUUUAUGACACGUAAGUUAAGUAUGAAGUAAGUGCCAUUGUUCAUUUUGCGCUUGGUUGCCAGAUCGAAAAAUGUAAACCCGCCCGUUUUUAGUUAAGUCUUUGGAUUCGUAAGUUUAUUUUUUUUACGUUUAUGACAUUCGCUGUUGUGUGAUUAAUGUUUUCUAUUUACAUCGUCCAGUUAAGGUGCGUUUUAAAUGUAAUAUUUAAAUAUAAUAUUAAUUAGUAUGUUAAUAAAGACCUGGUUUAUUCUGAUUAUUAUCUUUAAAUAUCGCAUAUUAUGUUAUAAAUCAAACAUUAUAAAAAAAUGAAUAUAUUAUCCUUCAUAAAAAUACUGCCAGACAACGUUUAUUAUAUUCCUAUGUGUAUCUUUCCAUGCCUAGGCCUAAUGUAAAUAUGUACAUGUAAGUCACUACUAUAGUAUGAUAUGAAAGUAAUUUUUUUAUAUGAGUUAGAACGAUUGUAUUUACAAGGUGUCUUAUCAUUAUGCAUAUCAACGAAUCGUAUUAAAUAUCCCUAGCCUGUAAUAUUAUCUCAUAAAUAAACCAUGUUAUCAUUUCAUCGAAUCAAAAUGUUCAGCAAAAUUAAUUUCAAAAUACCCUCUUUUUUUUCACAAAAGUUGCGUUUAUUAAUGCCUUAAAAUCAAAAUGACUGUAAUUUAGGCUAUUUUUCUUAUUUGUUCUGUAGUCCCAUUCUAUUAUAAGAUAUAUGUACUUCAAAACCAAACUUAUGUUUAAGUAGAUAAUGUUUUCUUCAGCGGCAGCUAUACGACUCUGAUUAUGAGUUACGUCAUGUCUAAUUCCCAUUAAUCUUUAUGAUUUAUCGUUCCGCUAACAAAAUACCCGUGUGAGCUCUAAGUAGGUUAGUUAAUGCUAAACAAUAAGACGUCCAAGAGCUUUUGUAUAGCUAUAAGUUAACCAAGCUUUCCGAAUUAAAUACUUAACAGUUUCAUCAUGACAAUUCCUUUUCCAUUUUAUUCAGCCUAUUAUAUUCAUGUGUAUGACAUUACAACUGUCAAUGUUGACAUUAGAACUGUCAAAGUUGAGAUUGACAAGUCGCGCUGUUGACGUUUCUGCAGUGUCAAUGAAUGGAUCUCGUAUUUGAUAAAAUACGUAAUUAUAGAGACCUGCCUUUUAAUUUUAAUUUGCGUACAAAUAUAUAGUUAGUAAUUGUUUUGUAAAUAGCCGUCUUUGUCGCGUGUUUCAGAAGUGUACAUUCCAUAUAAAUAUAUUCUACGAUCGAUGGUACUUUUACAUCAAACCUGUUUAAGGUUUUAAUAUAAAACACGACCAUUACUUAAAAUGUAGAAUAAGUAUAUAAUAUAAUACAGUCUAAUAAUUAUGAUGUUAUUCACAACAGUUGUAAAAUUAACAUGACGAUUGAAAAGGAAGGUAGUUGCGAAAAUAUUCGCUUUUUUCACAGCGAAUGUUCGUUGACGAAUUGGUACAUUGUUUCACCUCUUAUUUAUAUGUAGAUAGAUUCUACCUACUGUGACUAGGAUUUUUUGCAUUAAGUAUUAAUUUGCUUUAAGUAUUCAGAAUAAUAAAUUGCGAUGCUUCUUUGAAAUCAGCGAUAGGCAAAAAAAUUUUGAAAUAGUUUAUUAUAAACAUGUAGUGAACUGUCGAUUUUAAUUUUCGUUUACGCUGAGUUUUUUUAAUAAAAUGCAAAAAUUUAAUUUAUCCUAUCAUAGUACGCAAUAAGCAUCUAUAUGUCUCUCUCUCUCUAUAAGUAAUAAUAUAAUCGUCAUUUUGAUAUAGCACUGCCAUUAAUAAGGCCUAUAUUUCACCGAGACACCACGGUGGCGCGAAUGGUUGCGUAAUCUAACGACAUAACAUCUGACGACCCAUAUAGCCGAAUGGUUAGUGACCCUGACUACUAAGCUAGAGGAUUCUCCCGGAUUCGAAUCCCGGUCGGUGCAAUCAUUUAUAUGCUGAAAAUGGAUGUUUAUUUCCGAGUCAUGGAUGUUUAUAUGUAUAUACAUAAAUACAUUUAAACAUCCAUGGCUUUUAAGUAAGAAUAUUGUAUUAAAUAUAUUUGUCUUGUACCCAUAGUACGGGCUAUGCCUAGUUUGGGGCAACAUAAUUUGUGUAAAAGUGUGCGACGCGUCCGAGGUGGUCGCGCCACUAAAUUGGUUGCGCAACCAAUUUGGUGGAAAUGGACACUAGGUGAGUAACCCUAUAGUGCUCUAUAUAUAUUUUGUUGGUACCGGCGACUGGUUGCGCCACUGUGGCGUCCUUUUGAAAUAUAGCCCUAAGAGUGUGACUACUGAUUGUAACAAUGGUAUGGCCGUUUUUAACUCCAUAUUUAAGUGGUAAGAAUGAAUUAAAGAACAUAUUUAAGCAAUAAUGUACCUAAAUGUGUAUUUGAUUGUUGAAAGGUGGUAUGAAUAUUGAUGUCUAGAUAUAAUUAAUUUACGCAAUGCAAGGAGGCACAGAUUAUUUAAAACUUAUUUUUUAUGCCAGUGUCAGUAUUAGAUUCCAACAAAGAUAUUGAGACCUCUUUGCUGUAUUCUAUUUGUGUCUUAGUUAACAAUAACCUAUUUAUUGCGAAGUCAAAGCGGGCUCUUUAAACUUAAAGUUAAAUUAAUUUCGGCUUUGUUUAAAUUACUUCAGAUUACUUAAAGUAAUAUUUCUGGAUGAAGGGAAAAAUGCCAUUUACUACUACACUUUUGAUACUUUUGUUACUAUAUUUAUUUUUAAAAUUGACACCACAGUUAAGACACCAUAGUCUUAAGAAUUUAUGAUAUUCUAUAGCUUCGAUGCUCUUUGAUCAUAUGCCUAGGUAGACUAUGACAGCUGUGAAAACGUCCAAAAAUAGAGUUUAGAGUUAUCCUCUACUUUAAGCAAUGCACACACACUAUAUCACAAAGUGUCAUACAAAUCGCGAGUAUAAAACGUAGCUUGUCAAGCACACUAAAGGGCUUUACACACGGCAGCUAUUAUGUAUAUUACAUUCCGGUAAGCUUUAAAUUAUCUUAAUGUAUCACACACACAACAGGUAAUAUAAAUAAUCUUUCCCUUCAUUCCAUUGGUACGUAUGUAUGACCUGACUUAGUAUUGAGAUUUUUAAAGAUUUAUCGAAAUGUCAAUGUUUAUUUUCGUAUCGCUCUGUAUCCUAAGAUAUGAAAAUGUACGUUAUAGCUGUCGUGUGUGAAGAGCCUUAAAUAUAAUCCUGGCCUGUUAUUUUCGGUUGUCUAACAGCAAGAGACUAUCUAAACGUAUAAAUUAUCUAAGUUUUCUAUCAAUAUUAAUAUUGUUAUUGUUCUGCCAAACCAACUUAUCAAAUUUAGUACAUAUUCAGCAUAGAAUACCAUCAAAAGAUGAUCAACGGAAUUUGACUUCUGUAAUUUACAUAGCAAAUAAAGUAAUUUUUAAUUAAUCUGUGCUGUAUUGGUUAUGUAUCAUGAAUUGUGUGGAAAAGAAACGAAUGUAAAAGUUAAUAUUAUUAGGAAGGAAAUGUCCGACUGAAGAUUGUCAUAUUAAUUAAUGUAAUAAACGUAAGGACUUAUAAUUUUUAAAUUGUUUAUAUAGAUAUUAAAAUAUUCAAUUCAGCAUUGGAAUAAAGUGAUGAAAUUGA